UGGCUAGUGUCGUUACGAGGAAGCUUCCUUUUAGCUCUCCAGCUUGACGCGGUGCACCGUCCCAGGUCCCGAACAGCGCCUCCGGCUCAAGUUGUCGGUCGACGUGCCCGGAGUGGGAGUCCACGUUUACCAGACGUUCCCAGUCCAAGUACCAAUUCCCCAUUCGUCCAUUAAAAGCAAUCCCAUCCCCCGUCCAAUUCGCGGCUCGGCCACCUGGAGAGCUGGUCUUCUUAAUUACGACUCACAUCCUCUUCGUCUUUCCCAAUUCCUCCUACUCCUCCUCUUCUCUUCACUUCCACAACCCAACUCCGAUUGCUCCUACAUUUCUGGGACAUCUCCCCUCUCAGUUACAUACGCAUAAAGCAAACACAACGAGGACAGGAUUCAAGGGAACCACCCAUUGGGACGUCGACUUGUUUUCUCUGCUGCCGCUACCCGCUUUGCAGCAACGCCUAUCUAGGACACUACGCGACUCGACGCUCGACUUGUGGAGAGUUGCGCCAGUUCCGACCCCAGCUUGCGCGCGACCUCCCAUCAUUACUGCACGAGCAGGACUGCUUCUCUUACGACGAGGACGGCAGAGACGGACGAUUGUCGCACGAUUUCUCACAGCUUAGCAGCGCCAGCGGAUCUCUCGAAGCUCGACAGAACCUCUACCAGCCUGCACAAAGUACCCCGCAUCGCUUCAUAAACAGCACACAAUACACACAAACGCACCCACGCAGCACACACACACAUAAACCACCCCGCCGCCACAAUGACCGAUGCCGCAGAGCCACAAAAGGCCCCCGUGGUCGCCGAGGCCCACCUCGUUGAUACCUUCCAUCCCCCCCAAAAGAUGCUUGACAAGCACCCCAGCAAGCCCCACUUGAGCAGUCUCGAGGACUACCAAAAGUUGUACAAGGAAUCCAUCACCGACCCAAAGGCCUUCUGGGGCACCAAAGCCCGCGAGCUCCUGUCUUGGUUCAGCGAUUUCCAGACCGUCUACUCCGGUUCCCUGGCCGGCGGUGAUAGCGCUUGGUUUGUUGAGGGUCAGCUCAACGCCUGCUACAACUGCGUCGACCGUCACGCCUUCAAGGACCCCAACCGCGUUGCCAUCAUCUACGAGGCCGACGAGCCUGGCGAAGGCCGCAAUGUCACCUAUGGCGAGCUGCUCCGCGAGGUCUCACGCACCGCCUGGGUUCUGAAGCAGAUGGGCGUGCGCAAGGGAGACACCGUUGCCAUCUACCUGCCCAUGAUUCCCGAGGCCAUCAUUGCCCUCCUCGCUUGCGUCCGUAUCGGCGCCGUCCACUCCGUCGUCUUCGCCGGUUUCUCCGCCGACUCCCUCCGUGAUCGUGUCAUUGACGGCAACUCAAAGGUCGUCAUCACCACUGACGAGGGUAAGCGUGGCGGCAAGUUGAUCGGCACCAAGAAGAUUGUCGACGACGCCUUGAAGCAGUGCCCCGAUGUGUCCCACGUCCUCGUCUACAAGCGCACCGGCGCCGAUGUGCCCAUGACAAAGGGCCGUGACUGGUGGUGGCACGAAGAGGUCGAGAAGUGGCCUUCUUACUUCCCCCCUGAGCGGGUCAACUCCGAGGACCCCCUUUUCCUCCUCUACACCUCCGGUUCCACCGGUAAGCCCAAGGGCGUUAUGCACACCACCGGUGGCUACCUGGUUGGUGCCGCCGCCACGGGCAAGUACGUCUUUGAUAUCCACGACGGCGACCGCUACUUCUGCGGUGGUGAUGUCGGUUGGAUUACCGGACACACCUACGUCGUAUACGCCCCUCUGCUGCUCGGUGUGAGCACCGUCGUCUUCGAGGGCACGCCCGCCUACCCCAACUUCUCGAGAUAUUGGGACAUCAUCGCGAACCACCAAGUCACCCAGUUCUACGUCGCCCCUACCGCUCUGCGGUUACUGAAGCGUGCUGGUGACCAGCAUGUCAAGGGCGACAUGAAGCACCUCAGAGUGCUCGGCUCCGUCGGUGAGCCCAUCGCCGCCGAGGUCUGGAAGUGGUACUUUGAGGUUGUCGGCAAGGAGGAGGCCCACAUCGUAGACACGUACUGGCAAACCGAGACCGGUUCCAACGUCAUCACUCCCCUGGCCGGUGUCACGCCGACCAAGCCCGGCAGUGCCUCGUUGCCCUUCUUCGGCAUCGAGCCCUCCAUCAUCGACCCCGUUUCCGGCGAGGAGAUUCACGGCAACGAUGUCGAGGGCGUGCUGGCCUUCAAGCAGGCAUGGCCCAGUAUGGCCCGCACCGUCUGGGGCGCCCACAAGCGCUACAUGGACACGUACUUGAACGUCUACCCAGGCUACUACUUCACCGGUGACGGUGCCGGUCGUGAUCACGAGGGCUUUUACUGGAUCCGCGGCCGCGUCGACGACGUCGUCAACGUCUCUGGCCACCGCCUGUCGACCGCCGAGAUCGAGGCCGCGCUCAUCGAGCACCACUCCAUCGCCGAGGCCGCCGUCGUCGGCGUCGCGGACGAGCUCACCGGCCAGGCCGUCAACGCCUUCGUCGCCCUCAAGGACGGUAACGAGGCCUCGGACGCCUUGCGCAAGGAGUUCAUCAUGCAGGUUCGCAAGAGCAUCGGACCGUUCGCCGCGCCAAAGGCCGUUCACAUCGUGCCUGAUCUCCCCAAGACCCGCUCCGGCAAGAUUAUGCGCAGAAUUCUCCGCAAGAUCUUGGCUGGUGAGGAGGAUCAGCUUGGUGAUGUUACGACUCUUUCGGAUCCUUCCAUUGUUGAAAAGAUUAUCAACAUUGUCCACGAGGAGAAGAGGAAGAAGUAAAUUCGGGACGACGAUGUGAGGAGAGUGAGAGGGGAGACAAGAGAGACGUGAGUGAUACCACAUGAACAGAGGAGGAUGGAUAUAGGUACGAAACGAUCGGUUUGGUGUACCGUCCCGCCUGAAAACCCCCAUGAAUAGCUUUUCUAGGGUUAUUGCUUCUUGUUUUUUUGCCAUAUAGCGAACCGUAUUUUGAAAUAUUUUCGAGUCCAAAUGUCAAAAGAAAGAAAAAAACAUGGAAACAUACACUGCCUGUUCAUCGCGUGCCGUGAAACAUGCCUCGCUGGCCCGGCAUGAUAUCGGACUUAACUUGAUGUCCUGAUGACGAGUGGGUAAAC